AUGGAUAAAUUUAUUGUUAAAAAACGAAAAUUAAAUGAAGACGAAAUUUCAACUAACCAUAGUAUUGAAUCAACAUCUGGUGAAUCAAAUCAAGCUAGUUCUAGUUUUACUGGUUUAAAUAAAAUACGUUUAUAUAAUAUUAGUUACUUAGCUAUGGGAUUUACUUGGUAUGGAAAUGAAAAUUGUCCUCAACCAGAAUGCAUUGUAUGUGGAGUGAAAUUAUCCAACUUAGCUAUGGUUCCAAGUAAAUUGAAGCGUCAUUUAUUAAAAAAACAUGAUCAUUUAGCUAAUAAAAAUAUUGACUAUACUUCAAACAACUAUUAA